AAGAGUUUUCAACGUCUGGAAAACUAACGGUAUAAAUUCUAAAUAAUUGAAACAUUUGAUAAAGAAUGAAUAUUUAAGAAGAAUAAUAAGCCUUAAAGUUAUUUAACUUAUCUUUUAAAUAUAUUUUUUAUGAUUUAUGGGAAAUUUCAAAAAAAAAACGUCUAAAAAUUCACCUAAAAUUGACUUUACAGUUUUUCAAAUGGAGAAUGGGAAAAUUGUAAGAACACAGGAAAGAAUCUGUAAAGAUGUUCAGGCACCUGUUACACAUAUUCCUACAGAUGCUCAAAUUUUUAUUGUAGAUGAGAAUGGUGUAAAGAAGCCGAAUGUCCAGUUUAUUAAGAAUCAUUUUUAUCGAGAAGGAAGAAUUAGUGAAGAUCAUGCUUUAUGGAUUAUUCGAGAAGGGACGAGUAUAUUUAGGAAUGAGCCUAAUUUAAUUGAAGUUGAAGCACCUAUAACAGUAUGUGGAGAUAUACAUGGACAAUAUUAUGAUCUUAUGAAGUUAUUUGAAGUAGGAGGAAAUCCAUGUGAAACGAGUUAUCUUUUUCUUGGGGAUUAUGUUGAUCGUGGUUAUUUCUCUAUUGAAUGUGUACUUUAUCUUUGGGCACUAAAAAUAUGUUAUCCUAAUUCUUUUUAUUUAUUGAGGGGAAAUCAUGAGUGUCGCUAUUUGACAGACCAUUUUACUUUUAAGCUUGAAUGUAAACAUAAAUAUUCAGAAAAUCUCUAUGAUGUAUGUAUAGAAAGUUUUUGCUCUUUGCCUUUGGCUGCAAUUAUGAACAAACAGUUUUUGUGUAUACAUGGUGGGCUUAGUCCAGAAUUAAAUGUUUUGGAUGAUUUGAAUACAAUUGAUCGUUUUCGUGAACCUCCAAUACAUGGAAUAAUGGCAGAUUUACUGUGGAGUGAUCCAUCAGAAGAAUUUGGUGAGGAAAAAACAGAUGAUUUUUUUGUUUACAAUCAUGUACGAGGCUGUUCUUAUUUUUUCAGUUACGCUGCAGUUUGCACCUUUUUAGAAAGAAAUAAUCUAUUAAGCAUUAUUCGAGCUCACGAAGCUCAGGAUUCUGGGUAUCGUAUGUACCGGAAAACUAAGACUACAGGAUUUCCAAGUGUCAUGACAAUCUUUUCUGCUCCAAAUUAUUUAGAUAUUUAUAAUAAUAAAGCAGCAGUUUUAAAAUAUGAAAACAAUAUUAUGAAUAUUAGACAGUUUAGCAGUAGUCCACAUCCUUAUUGGCUUCCUAAUUUUAUGGAUGCAUUUACAUGGAGUUUACCUUUUGUAGGGGAAAAAAUUAUAGAUGCAUUUAUUUCUAUUCUUAGCAUUUGUUCUGAAGAUGAAAUUAAUGACGAAAAUUCUACAAAACAAUCCGACUCUUCUGUUACAGAUUUGGCUGAAUCUGAACAGAGAAGACAAGUAAUUAGAAAUAAAAUUUUUGCAAUUGGAAGGCUAUCUCGUGUAUUUCAUCUCUUAAGACAGGAAAGUGAAAGUAUUACAGAAUUAAAAACUAUUUCUGGUAAUACGAAACUCCCUGCAGGGACUCUUAUUCUUGGAUCUGAAGGAAUAAAACACGCGAUUACAACAUUUAAUGAUGCCAAAUCAUCUGACAUUGAAAAUGAACGCUUUCCUCCUCCAAAAAAUGACAUUAAUAAAAAAUAUGAUCUCAUUUUUGAGAAUUCUCUUUGUCAAACAGAUGAUGGACAUGAUUUUAUUAAUAAAUUAUUGAAAAAACUUUCUCCAAAAGCCUCUAAAAAGCAGUUUUCAUAAUACUUGUGUUUAAGUUCCAUGUUCGUCUAUAUAAAAUAUUUGGUUCUAUGUAUA